AUGUCCAACACAGAAGAUUGUGUCAGAGAGUUACUGAGAAAGAUAGUCAAGAUAUGGGAUGAGCUCGGUGUAGAGAACACCUAUAGAGCACAACAAUGUGAUGAAGCAUCACAACAGGUUGUAAAUAUAUACACUACAUUAAUGAAGAGAGAGGAGAAGUAUAAGGAUGAUGUUAUAAAGAAUAUCCUUACUGGAUUGGAGUCUGUGUGUACCAUGACGACAGAGCUUGGCGAGACUGUCAAGGAAUCAAACAAACCAUUGGCCAACAUGAACUUAUUACAACGUGAAUCAUACGUUGAGUCACAACUUGGUGCUCUUCGAAAGAGAACUGAGGAUAGAGUUGUAAUGAUAGAGGAUUUGGAGACAAAGAUUGAGGACAUAUCGAAGGAGUUGGAGCUCAAGGACUUGAAUCACAGUCGUAUGAAUGAGAGUGACAUAUCUGGCAACGACUACUCAAUGGAGCGUAUCUCAUCAUUACAAAAGAAGAUGAAGAAGUUGCAAUUACAACGUAAUGAUGCCUUUACCAAGGUGAAGAAACUGUGCGCAGAGAUUGGAGAGUUGUGGGGAGAGUUGAGGAUUGCGCCAGACACAGAGUUUGAAAAGUCCAUUGAGAGGAUGAUACAGUCCAGUCAGGAGCAUGUAUCGCCAAUCUCACUCAGUAUGUCAACCAUCACCGUGUUGUCACAAAAGAUUGACAAGCUACAUCUGAUCAAGAAGGAGAGUGAAGCACUCGUUUGCGAGUUGGCAUCAAAGAUCACCAAUCUCUGGAACAAGAUGGGCACACCCGAAGAUGAGCGCGAUUCAUUCUUUAGCAAGACUGCUGGACUUGGUCCAGAUGUGAUUGAAGCAUGCAAUGAGGAACUGUUCCGAAUUGAGGAACUUAGACGAGCAUGCCUUUCAGACCUUAUUGACAAGGCAGUGGUGGACAUUGAGGAGUUAUACCUUCAGAUGCAUAUGGCCAAUGAUAGACUGGACGAGCUACUUCAGGGCGUCGAGGAGGGCACAGAGGAACACUUGGAGCUGCUCGAGAAGGAGUUGGAGGACGUCACCAAGAUGUACGAGGUGGCCAAGCCCCUGAUCGACCUGAUUGAGAAGCGCGAGGAUAUCCGCAACGCCAAGAUCGAGUACGAGCAGAAUGUGCUGGGCGACAAGGAGCGUCUUCUGUCCAAGAAGUUUGAUCGCAACCGCUUUGUUCAGGAGGAGAACAUGCGCAAGGCCAUGGCCAAGCUGCCGACGGUUGAGGAGCGUCUGAAGAAGGAUCUGAUCGAGUGGCAGAACACCCAAGGCUUUGCCUUCACCUACGACGGCUUCAACUACCUCGAGCUGAUGAUGCAGCAAGCCGACAAUGAGCGAAUCAAGAAGGACCUGGAGAAGAUGCGCAAGGAGAAGGAGCGUCAAAACAAGAUGGAAGACGCCAAGCAACCGGUUGCCACCAAGAAGGUCGUCACCGCCACGACCAAGACCCCAUCCAAGUCUGUCGCCGCACCUGCCCUGACCAAGAGCAGCAGUAAUGCCAUCUCCUCGGCAUCAGUCGGACCAGGUACGCCAUCAACGCCAAAGACACCAAGAGUGGCUGCCAUCAAGAAGGAUGAAGCUCAGUCUCCGUACAAUGAACGCGCCAUGCCAGCCGCCGCCAAGAAGCGUGCGCCACUGUCUCCACUGUCACUCAACAAUGGCGCGGCCAACGGUGUACUGAACGGCAAUGGCCACGUUGCCAAGAAGAAGGUGGUCACAAUCAACCCGACGCCCUCGGGCACCAAGGAGCAGAUCAACGUCAAGAAGAAGCAGCUGUUGGUGUCGUCGCCGCUGAAGAACGGCUCCACCAAGGCGCCGUCCACAUCCUCGUCCAUCUCCACGUCCUCGGUCACGUCGGCGUCGUCCAUCAAAUCGCGUCUGAUGGCAGCGGGCGGCUAUUCCAAGCAGCCGACAUUUAACCACGAUCAAUCGAUCGUGUGCAACUACCAGUACGGCAACGAGGACCUGCUUAUGAACGAAGACUUUGAAUGA